GGAAAGACAUCUUUCCAUACCUUUGGGUUUUAACUUGUUGUACAUCGAUUUAAGAAUCCGGAUCUCCACUCACCGUGAAAUGCUCUGAAUUUAGACAACGGAUAUUGCUUCCUGUAACAAAGUUUACUUUCUGUUUGAAACUAAAACGCAAACAAAAUGACUAUUUGUAAAUAUUUUAUGCAAGGAAAUUGUCGGUAUGGCAACAAGUGUCACUACGAACAUCCGAGUGGUGACAGUCAAGGAUAUGCAUACUCUGCUCAGCGUCAAUUGUUUGGAGGUGGAAGAGGAGGUGGAGGAGGAGGAGGAGGAGGCGGAGGAGGCGGAGGAGGAGGUGGGGGAGGAAACAAAUACAAAUGGGACAAACGUCAACAGAACCCACAACAAACCACGCCUCAAUCCUCCCCAUCAGAUGUCAUAAAUAGCAUGGUCGGGGAAGUAAAGACCUGGGAGGAUAGCAAGAUGUGGCCAUUUUCUUGUAUCGCAUUCGAGAAAGAGGGGCCAUGUGUUCCAGAAUUCACAGAUAUGUCGGCUGAGGAGCUACGAUUUGCAGCAUACGAGGCUAGCAAAACAGGAGGACUGCAGGCCUAUGUGACCCAUAUCCAGAGUCUGGUCCAGGAUUACUCUUCUAAAAGACAAGUGCUGAAAAAUCCAACAAUGACAGUCAAACAGAAAAUG